GGUUUCCACCCCACAGAGAAGCCGAGAAUGAACAAUAUCCUGACGUCUCAGACGGAGCCGUAUGACCUGUCCUUCUCCCGCUCCUUCCAGAACCUCACACACCUCCCGCCGUCAUACGAGAUGGCCAUGAAAGCAGACUUAGGUGAUAAGGAUGACGAAUACUACAUCCGCAAGCACCAUCUGGCUGAGCCACCACGCAGUUCGAACCUGCAGACGCACAUGAUCAAGCUGAGCGUGGAGCCGCCUGCACCCCGCCAGAAGCCAAACGUGUGCAGAGGGCCAUGUCUCAGGACCACGUGCUGUCCCCAGCCCGCUCUAAACCCCACCGUGACUACGGCUUGUCGUCGUACAGCGGCGGUGCUGGUGGUCUGUCCCCAUACCACGGCCGAAUCCUGUCAGAGGAGCAGCUGCUGUCCGCCGACCGGCUGCACUCGCAGGAUCCGCUGCUCUCACCAGAAAAGAUGUUGUCGCUGCGGCGCUCAAACCUCCGGGAGAAGGCCAUGUCCAGAGCGCUGUCCCACACGGACAUGUUCAUGCCCACCACGCCCGUCAUGGACCGCCACUACAAGAUGAUGAAGAUGCACUCGCACCCCAGCAGCUCCAACCACGAGAACUACAACACGCUGACAGUAAACAGCGCACAGGCCGGCAACAAGAGGCAGGCGUUCGCCAACCGCCGCAUGCACACAGUGGACCACCUGCAGUACAUCCCGGGACACCACCAUCACCAGUACAGGACCGCCAGCAAGACGGAGGUCACCGUCUGAGAGACUCCAAUUGAAAAGGAUCCCUCUUGCCUGGCCCCACCCCUAAAUUAAUAUUAGCCAAUCAGGUAGCGUUGUAAAAAAAUGCCAGUCAGGUCAGCCAAUUUUUCAUUUGAAUCAUUUAUUGCAGUUAUUGUUAAUUUGAUUUUUUUUGCUAUAGUUUUGUUUAUUUGAUGUAUUUUUUCAGGAGGGGGUCAUUUCAUUAUUAAGAAUAUCCCAUCUUUUUCUUUUUCAACUCUUUCUGAGUUUGUGGGAGUUUUUAAACUGGUGGGUGUCUCUGAAUAGUCCAAUGAAAAAAUCCACUUUACUUGACCCCACCCCUAAACCCAAUUUGUGCCAAUCAGGUAGCAUAGUUAAAAACUCCCCUCUGUGUUGGUCAGGCCCACCAACUGUA